GCCGCUCUUAUCGUCAACUUAGAUUGAUACAAGGCGGGGAGGCUUAGAAGCAGUACCAGCCUUGCUGGGGGAGGGGUACCUGUUUUAUUACUAUUUACUAUCAACAUUUAACCAUCAUCCCACUUUUAGGAUGCAGGGUGACUGGGGCCAGUGCCAUGCUGCCACGAUUAGUGAUUCGGGCAAGCCUGACUUUACAGGCCUUCCGGUUCCAUCACUCAAAAGACAUGCGGCUUGUGACGAGUGCAGGAAACGGAAGCUGAAAUGCUCCGGUGAAGCAACGGGUUGUAGCCGCUGUCUAAAGCAGUCCCUUGUCUGUCAUUACUCCGUGCAGAAACAAAUGGGGCGACCUCCCAAAAAACGUGCAAGAGAAGAUAGCGACCAACUGCCUCUCUUUGGUUGUUCAGGCGACGAAAUAUGGUCUGAUCUGAACAAUUCCACGUUCGAAUCUUCAAGUCAUUUCUCGGAAGCUACGUCCGCAUCAGACGCAUUCCGUAUCUGCGCUCCUGUCUACAGUGCCCCGUUUAGCAUCCCGCAAGCCUCUCGUCACCUUUUAUCGACAGACGAUAACCAUAACCAUUCAUGGGAACUGAAUCACGAAAAAUUCACAGAACCAGUUCCUGAAACAACUGGGCCUUGGCCAGACUUCUCCAGUGUAUCUGCAGCAACGCCUAAUCCGUUUGCGAUGCCGCCGGGUCUAUCGCAUAUACAUUCACCUCCCGCAACUCCUUCGGACUCGGAAUGCUCUGAAACUCAGUGUACAUGUUUAUCAUACUUGUAUCUAUGCCUUAGCCAUCUGUCCUCUCUUGCCCCAUUCCCGAUAUCUCAACAUACAUUAUGCUCACUCUUCAUUGCUGCGAAAACUGCGCGAGCAGUCAUCCGUUGUCAAACAUGUCCAACAAAAUUCGCAACAGCUAUACAGAAUGUUAUGUUCACUGGGACCCUCCUGAAUAUCGUUGCCGAUGCCUGGCUGCGAGUGUCAAAAACUAAUGCCGAAGAACUCGGGAAACAAGCGGCACCGCCGGCCUAUGUGGCUGCUUUAAACAAGAGCUCAGCUGACCCUGCAGCGGCUUGGAAAGACUGGCUUCGGCAGAUAGUUCGGAGUGGUGUUAUAGGUGGACCCGGUGAUCCAGCUGGCUCCGUGGCGUGCUCGGAUUCACCAAGUUUGCUCUCCUUGGUCCAAGAGAUGGAAGCACGCCAACGACGGUGGCAUCUUGAGCGGCACCCAGAGGCUCGUCCCGAUGCUUCUGACGUCGGAUCCAAGACACCAACUGUAAUUGGUCCUGACCCACGCGACGAACAGGGUUGGCUCUGCUUUCGAGUGGCUAAGAGUGCCAGAGAUGUUAUUUCCAGAUUCGAGUUUGAGCCGCACGAAUACCCAGAUGGUGUGGUUUCUUGAACAUAUAUGUUGGAAGAUUUGUCGCGACAGCAACAAACCCUAUUUGACGAUGAUACACGUGACGAUUGAUUUGGCGUUUGGGUUGCUUGUGGAUACUCGAUUAGUUGCUGGUUUGACAGGCGUUUCAGGAAGAGUACGAUCUCACACGAACUAUGCGUAGCUGGUGUCUCCAUCCCUCUUUUUUGUCAUUAACCCUGAUACAUUCCAUGCGUAGAUAUACGCCUUGUACAUGGAAGCAUCCCUGUAUUAACUAGUAGUAAAUAGUUGAGGCCAUUAAUAUUAGGCAAGUAGUUCGCAAGCUAUCAACACAAUUGACAAGUGCUA